AUGGGUCUCUCGGUCUCACGUCUUCUUGCCGGCCUUUUUGGCAAGAAGGAAAUGCGUAUACUGAUGGUUGGUCUUGAUGCUGCUGGUAAGACCACCAUCCUGUACAAGCUCAAGCUGGGAGAGAUCGUCACCACCAUUCCAACAAUCGGUUUCAAUGUUGAGACUGUGGAAUACAAGAACAUCUCUUUCACUGUGUGGGAUGUUGGAGGUCAAGACAAGAUCCGUCCUCUCUGGAGGCAUUACUACCAAAACACCCAGGGCAUCAUCUUCGUGAUUGAUUCUAACGAUCGGGAACGUGUUUCUGAGGCGCGGGAGGAACUCCAGCGGAUGCUCAAUGAGGACGAGCUCCGUGAUGCUCUCCUUCUCGUUUUCGCCAACAAACAAGAUCUUCCAAACGCCAUGAAUGCCGCUGAAAUCACCGACAAGCUCGGUCUUCACGGAUUGAGACAACGUACUUGGUAUAUUCAGGCUGCUUGUGCCACAUCUGGAGACGGUCUUUAUGAAGGUCUCGAGUGGUUGAGCGCCAACAUCAAGCGUCGGGUGUAA